AUGGCUUACCAAAGACCGGGAGCGCAUUCGCCCAGCAACUACGAUCAGCCUCACGGGAACCUUGAAUAUCGCGAGGGUGAUGAUGCUUCGAGUGGAUUGCUCUCUCACGAACAGGGCCCAUUCGCGACUCCUUUUGACGACCCUCAUUCGCGGGGCGCUUCCCCGGUUCGACCCACGUCCGGUUACAGUUUGACCGAGACUUACGCAACAGAGACUUCUCCUGCCUACCACGACCCAUACAGUACUGGCCACACUUACCAGGGUGGUACAAACCCCGCGACUGAGUUUGGUGUUCCUGGUCGUGUUCCCUCACCCUACGCUCGCAGUGAGACCUCUUCCACCGAGGCAUGGCGCCAGCGACAAGCCCCGGGCGGUGGUCCUGCUCCCGGCGGUAAUCUUCGACGAUAUGCCACCCGUAAGGUUAAGCUAGUCCAGGGUUCCGUCCUGAGUGUCGAUUACCCCGUACCGAGUGCCAUUCAAAAUGCCAUUCAGGCCAAGUACCGCAAUGAUUUGGAGGGUGGUAGUGAAGAAUUCACUCACAUGAGAUAUACUGCUGCCACUUGCGAUCCCAACGAGUUCACCUUGCACAAUGGUUACAACCUCCGUCCCGCCAUGUACAAUCGGCAUACUGAGUUGUUGAUUGCCAUCACCUAUUACAACGAAGAUAAGACCUUGACGUCGCGUACUUUGCACGGUGUGAUGCAGAACAUCCGUGACAUUGUGAAUCUUAAGAAGUCCGAGUUCUGGAACAAGGGAGGUCCUGCUUGGCAAAAGAUCGUGGUCGCCCUCGUUUUCGACGGUAUCGACCCCUGCGAUAAAGAUACUUUGGAUGUUUUGGCCACAAUUGGUAUCUACCAGGAUGGUGUCAUGAAGCGUGAUGUUGACGGAAAGGAGACCGUAGCUCAUAUUUUCGAGUACACCACUCAAUUAUCGGUGACUCCUAACCAACAGCUUAUCCGCCCCACGGAGGAUGGCCCCAGCACCCUACCACCCGUGCAAAUGAUGUUUUGCUUGAAGCAGAAGAACAGCAAGAAAAUUAAUUCUCACCGUUGGCUCUUUAACGCAUUCGGUCGUAUUCUGAACCCUGAGAUCUGUAUCUUGCUCGAUGCAGGAACCAAGCCCGGCCCCAAAUCCCUGCUUUCCCUCUGGGAGGCCUUCUACAACGAUAAGGACCUUGGAGGUGCUUGUGGUGAAAUCCACGCCAUGUUGGGUAAGGGUUGGCGCAACCUGGUGAACCCGCUUGUCGCGGCACAGAACUUUGAGUACAAGAUCAGUAACAUUUUGGAUAAGCCCCUUGAAAGUUCAUUCGGUUAUGUCAGUGUGUUGCCUGGUGCUUUCUCUGCAUACCGAUUCCGUGCCAUCAUGGGCCGUCCGCUAGAGCAGUACUUCCACGGAGAUCACACCCUCUCUAAGCAGCUCGGUAAGAAGGGUAUUGAGGGCAUGAACAUUUUCAAGAAGAAUAUGUUCUUGGCCGAGGAUCGUAUCCUGUGUUUCGAGCUGGUCGCAAAAGCUGGUUCGAAAUGGCACUUGUCAUACGUCAAGGCCUCGAAGGGUGAGACUGACGUUCCCGAAGCCGCCGACGAGUUCAUCUCUCAGCGUCGUCGUUGGCUGAACGGUUCAUUCGCUGCUGGUAUUUACUCACUGAUGCACUUCGGCCGUAUGUAUAAGAGUGGCCACAACUUGAUCCGCAUGUUCUUCUUGCACAUUCAGAUGUUGUACAACAUCUUUAACACAAUUCUCACCUGGUUCUCUCUCGCCUCCUAUUGGCUGACCACAACCGUCAUCGUUGACUUGGUCGGUACUCCAAGCUCAAGCAAUAAGGAGACUGCUUUCCCCUUCGGCAAAACCGCGACCCCUAUAAUCAACACCAUCAUUAAAUACAUCUAUCUAGCAUUUGUGUUGCUGCAGUUCAUCCUCGCUCUUGGUAACAGACCAAAGGGCUCCAAGUUCUCAUACUUGUGUUCCUUCAUCGUCUUUGGUCUUAUUCAACUCUACAUUGUUGUUGAUUCCUUGUACCUGGUUAUCCGUGCCUUCACGGGUGGCGCUCCUAUGGACUUUGUCACCGACAAGGGUGUUUCUGCUUUCCUCCAGUCAUUCUUCGGUUCAUCCGGUGCUGGUAUCAUUAUUAUUGCUCUGGCUGCUACCUUCGGUCUCUACUUCGUUGCGUCCUUCAUGUAUGCCGAUCCAUGGCACAUGUUUACCUCGUUCCCAGCCUACAUGGUUCUGCAGUCAUCAUACAUCAACAUCCUCAACGUCUAUGCUUUCAGCAACUGGCACGAUGUGUCCUGGGGUACCAAGGGAUCUGACAAAGCUGAUGCACUUCCUUCCGCGAAGACUACGAAAGACGAUGGUAGUAAAGAAGCGGUCAUAGAGGAAAUUGACAAACCGCAGGCCGACAUCGACAGCCAGUUUGAAGCAACUGUCAAGCGUGCUCUUACUCCAUAUGUGGCACCGGUAGAACGCGAGGAAAAGAGCUUGGAAGAUUCUUACAAGUCUUUCCGUACUCGCCUUGUGACUUUCUGGAUUUUCAGCAAUGCUUUCCUCGCCGUCUGCAUUACUAGUGAAGCCGUCGACAAGUUUGGUUUCACGAACACCGCUACCGUCCGUACUGCCCGUUUCUUCCAGGCCCUUCUAUGGUCCAACGCUGCCAUGGCCCUGUUCCGUUUCAUCGGUUGCUGUUGGUUCUUGGGCCGCACUGGAAUUAAGUGCUGCUUCGCUCGUCGGUAA